UUAAUGAGCAGAAAAGCUAAUGGACAUUCAACAAAGGCGAAUGUAUCAAUCAGUACUCAUUCUCUAUUGUGUGUGUUCAAGCUCCAAAAAGAAGGCAUCAAAAACAAUGUUUCCCAACUAUUGUUUUAAAAAGCAAUCCGAUGAUUUCGGAUAUGAAGUAUUGUAUGUGCCUAAGAAAAACUAUAGUCCAAGUGCACGUCAAUCGAACCGGCCAAUGAACGAUUCCAAUGUCGGAGCACGAUCUCGAGCGCAGCCACAGGUAUGUUCAAAGUUGUGCUACGAAGAUCUCUUAAGGUUGCAGGCUCUUCGGGAGCAGAAAGAACGCGCUGGCCCUAAACCUCAUGUGGAGUUCCGUCUGCCCCCCAUGGACAAGCAGCGACAAUUUGCACAUCGUUCAAAUGCAGGCUCUACACUAAACGAGCGAGAAAGGUAUCUAAAACAGCAGCAAGAAGAAGAUGAAGUGGAAUCGCCUCCUUGUGCUUCAGAUCCUGCUCGUGACAUUCAAGACUCCUGCGCAGAUUUCUUUAACAUAGUCUACGAGAAUGUGCUGGAGGCCGUGAAUGUAGCUGUUGAACAAACAGUCGAUAAACACUUUGAGGAGUUGCUGUCCAAGGUCAAUCAGCUAAAGUCCGAGAUGUCAGAGCAAGAAAAUAUGCUUAAACAACUCAAUACCGAUCUAUCUACAAAGAUUUCCGAGUUAAGUGAUACGAGUCUCAAUCAAUUCAAAUUCAUUGCACAAAUGCUUAUCGACAGCCAGACAAUUCACUAUAGGGCCAUGAAUCAGCAGCGCCUGUUGAAGCAGCAAAAGAAAGAUGAACAAGAUGCGCAGACGAGAAGUAUUAGCUCAGACCGCUCACAACAUACGGCAAAUGCUUACUGUCACUGUCAUGUUUCCAGUGUAAAAUCGAUGCAGCAAGAGCAACAACAACAGCAAAUGCCAAGACAACAGCAUCAGCUUUGGCAACAGCAAGAUCGGAAUCCAUUUGACUAUAUUCAAGUGCCCUGUACAAACUGUCAUAGGGUAUAUCCGAAACAAGAUCGCCCUGUUUUACGACGAACGCGCAAGGGAACAGCCAGCAUGCCAAAUUUACAUCAAGCUUCAACAGCAACUUCCGCUUCCUCCAACACCAACAGCAAUAAGAUGAAGCACACUAAACAUUCGUCCACGUCAAGUAAUUGGAGUCAAUUUGGUACUCGGCGUGUGGCUAACACAAACGCACCUCCCGCCAGCUCCACUUUAAAGAAAUGCCGUUGUCAUUAUCAUUCACCCGCCCCGACUCAAGGCAUUAACUAUGUGCUGAGUAAUAAUUCUUCGCUGGGUCGCAAAUUGCGAACGCUUGGCAAAACAUUGCCCAGUAGGGAAGAUGAGCGAACGCACUCCUGAUCCUCUUGAUAAAUUCAGAUUUAAACAUUGUCCUCAUUGAGCUAUGAUAGUCAAUUUUCGUCCUUUGAAAUGUAUAUUCAUAUAUACCCUUUGGAUUAGAAUUGACAAUCACAACACUAUGUCGACAAAGUGUUUUAAGUAUGACAAAAUUAUUAUGAUUUUAUAAAUUGAAUGUUGUACAAAUUUAUUAUUAUAUUUAAUUAAAGAGUACAAAAGCCUC